ACUCUUCUUCCCUGCCUCUGUUUUGCUUCCCUCCGUCGUUACAGUCGGAGUCGGUGCUGGAGCUGAGGAAAUGGAUGGCGUGCCUAUUUUUAGAAGCAGGGAAGGAGGGCAAACCAAAAGUAAGCUAUGGAGAGAGUGGGAGUAAAAGGGAGGAGGAGGAGGAGGAGUAGGAGGAGGGAUGUGUGGAGGAGAUAAAUCUCCAUUCAGCCUCUGCCUCUGCUCAGAGACAGCUGAUGCUUCAGAGCAGCAUUGUUGGAUUCAAGCACAGGAGCUUAAAAAAGAAAUUCACACAAAAACUGUCUGAUUCAGGUUAAAACUGCAGCGAAAAGAAAGGAUUAAAGGGACACCAACAGCUGCCGUCUUUGUGCAGCGAUGCGGCCGAGGUCCAGACUGCUGAGCAAGAGACGAGCUAUGCUGCCCACAAUCAGAGAGGGCAUGGAGGACAUGGUCAGGGACCUGCAAGAAGCCAACACAUUUCAUUUUGCUGACAACAGCCAGGCCGUCUCAUCAGAGGACUACUUUCUCUCCAUCUGCCACCUGGCCCGCCCCACCUUCCCUGCCAGAGACGUUCUCCCCCAAAAUCUCCACGCGCGCCAGCAGGAGGCUGUGCAACAGAGGCUCAUCGAGACUGCGUUGUCUCCGCUGGAGGCAAAUGCCGGCGAUUUCCUGCGCGCGGAGGACAGAAAACUGAACGGGGAGCUGAUGUGCUGCAACUCUGACCCACUGGAGUAUCUUUAUGGAAACCAGAGCAACCUCUUAGCCCUGUCAGGAAGGGUGAGGAAAGCUUGCGUUAAGGGAAGAUUGGUGGGGCAACACGCUGCGGACACACUGGAGGGCCGAGCCCUCCGCAGCAGAGCAAACAGCAUCCCCCACUCCUCAAGCCCAGAUUCACCAUUUCAGCGCAAGAGCAGCUGCCCCCAAAUACUGUCUGAAGCCAACCCCUCAGCUGCAAGUAGCUCUCUGGGACACAGCUUACCCGCGCCAGAGAACAGGAGAGCCGGUCCGGUGGACACAAGAGCGGAAGGAGAAAGACUGAAUCCAGCCGCCCAGCAAUCCUUUAUCUCCCAGUGGAUCUCAGACUGCAGGUCAGCAUGGAGGGAGGCGCGUCUGCGGGCCUGCAUGCUGCCUGCCAUUGCUGAGGUGUAGGAGGCACAGGGGCAGGGACCGGGGGCUGCCUGAAAAAAUAAACACGAAUCGUGUUGACUGUCCGAGCAUGAGGCGUUCUGGGCUCGGCCGGCCGAAGCAGAGCGCGGCGUACUGUAGACCACCACCCAAAAAAAACGACAAAGCACCGAUAAUAACUUAUUCACAUUGUCAGUGACUGCUUUCACAAUCCCAGGCUGGGAUGAAGCUGAUUAUUAUGCAUGGGCCCCUGUUUUGAUCCAAACAGUGGAAAUGAAUCGAUUAGCAGCAGUUAAAUAUUAAUGUAUUUACAUUAUACAUUACGUUUUGCAACCAGUUCAAGUUUUCCCAAAUGCACUUGAGGCCUCCCAGGUGAGCGAGGGGGCCCACAGCAGCUUUCGCCUCAGACCAGCUCUGACUCUGAUAUUCUGUAGGAACCAGUGGCGGUUCUAGACCAAAUUUACCAGGGGGGCCAAGGUGGGGCCAGUGUUUUUUCACAGGGGCACAAAAAA